AUGUGCCAAAGAAGCUUCUCUAUGAUCCCACUCAUUUACCAAGUCGUGGUACAACGCACGACCUCUUCUCCUCCAUUUAAUCCAGCCAUGACUCUUCACGCGCCGUCGUCAUCAUUAUGUUGACCGACGUCUUUUGCCUUCGUACACGACGGAGCCGCUUCAUUUUCUUUCUCCUCUGUUCUCCAUUACUAAUCCCAAUCCUCUGCGCCUCAAUCCCAAUUCUCUGCGCCGUCGAGAUCUUUAGCCGCCUCCGUAGUCGUCAUCCUUGGUUUGCUAAAUCCGCCGCGGAUGAAGAUGAUUUAAGGCUCCGGAGAUGUGAAGAAGGUUGUGGUUGCGGCGGAUUUGAACCGGAAGAAGAAGCUGGAUUGCUUCAGAGAUACUUGGAAGAUCAGUUGGUUUUGGUUAGAUCUGUUUAUGAUUGCGGUGAAGAAGAUCAAGAUCGUGAUCGUGAUCGUGAUCUUGAUUCCGAUCAAAUUGUUAAAGUUCCUCUUCUUUCGUAAUUUUGUUUUUUGGUUCGUUAGAUUUUGAUCUUUAUGUAGAUAAACAAAAAUGCAGAUUUUAUUAUAUAGUUUCAUAUUUCGAUCAUUCGAAAUUUUCUACCAUUUUCAUUUCUCUUGAUUCGAAGUUUUUUUUGACUUAAGAAAAAAGAUUAUGAAAA